GUUGGGUGGGAGCAGGCGAUCCAGGAGUUAUGGAGGGGGGCUGUUCACGCCGAGACUCGUGCGCAAGAGCAAGAGCAGGAGCAUGUUCUUUACCGUGGGAGGGGGGAGCACAGGGGGGGGAGGUGGGGGGGAGGACUGGUGGGGAGAUGAGGGCACGAUGACUCUCGGCUCUCCUGCCAUUCACGUUGCUGCCGCUGCCGCUGCUGUUGCUGGUGGUGGUGCCACUAACGCCGAAGCUGGCAGUUGGCGGGAAGAGCAGGACGUACAGCCGUUGGAUCCCCUGGGUCUAGGAUCUGCCGCCGUUUCUGCCACGGCUGCCGCUGGCGCUGCUGCUGCUGCCGCAGUGGCGGGGACGACGGGGUGCUACCCGCGCCACGGGGCUUCUUCCGCCUCCUCCCCUCGGGAUUCUGCAGCGAGCGCUGCAGGCUCCAGCGCUUCUAGGCCUGGUAGGGGGCUUGGCAACAGCCUGAGCGUGGGGAGCGGCAUUGGGAGCGGCGGUGGCAAGUGGGGGAGGCGGAUGGUGGGCAGCAGGAGCAUUGGCAGCGUGGGGAGCGGCAUGGGAGGGACCAGAUUCACUAGCAGCUGGAGUGUCGGCGGCUUGCUCACCACUGCCGCUGCUGCUGCUGCUGCCAGUGCUGGUGCUGCUGGUGGCGCUGGCGGCGCUGCUGGUAUGGAGGCAGCGGGUUACGGCGCAGCAGAGGAGGGGGCAAGCGCAGCGGGAGGGUCUGGGAGGAGCAGCGGUGGGGGCGGUGGGAACUCGAGCUCGAGCUCGAGGAGCAAGCGGUGGGCGGCGGCGCUGUCUGCAGUGUCACCAGGGGCUCAGGGGAAGAGAGCUUCGUCCUUUGGCUCCUCUCAGAGCCAGAAGUCGCCUGGUGCUCACGGUAAGAAAGCUCUGCUAUGGCAGCAGGAACAGCAGGAACGGCAGGAGUGGCAGGAGCAGCUGCAGGGACGGCAGAUUGAGAGGGACGAGGAGGGGGUGGAGGAGUGGGGGGAUGCAGGAACGGCAGGUGGUAUUGGUGCAGAGCAGGAGUGGGGGGAUGUGGGCGCGGGAGCAGGGGAGAGGGCAGAGAGGGCGGAGAGGGCGGAGAGGGCGGAGAUAGAGCGGCAGCUGCGUGCAAUGGAGGAGGAGAUGGUGGCGAUGCAGCAGCAGAUCGGCGCGCUGCUCACCAUUGGCGCCGCCAUGGCCGACCAUGGGGACGAGGUUGGAGAGGACGAGGGGGGGGAGCUGCGGGAGGGGGGGCGCGGGGAGCUCGAGUUGGAAGAGCGGGAGUUGGGGGAGAGGGAGCUGGGGGAGGGGGGGUUGGGGGGCGCAGAGGCGGCUCUGGUGGUGGGUAGAGAUGGGGAGAAGGGGGAAGGCGAGCAGGCGUUAGAGAGGGAGGGAUGCGCGGAGGAGAGGCAGAAGGAUGAGAAAGUGGUACCAGAGGAUGAGAAAGCGGUACCAGAGGAUGAGAAAGCGGUUCCGGAGGAUGAGAAAGCGGUUCCGGAGGAUGAGAAAGCGGUACCAGAGGAUGAGAUAGCGGUACCAGAGGAUGAGAAAGCGGUUCCGGAGGAUGAGAAAGCGGUUCCGGAGGAUGAGAAAGCGGCUCCGGAGGAUGAGAAAGCGGCUCCGGAGGGUGAAGAGGAGGUGGGGGAGGGGCGUAGCAAGGAGGGGAAAGAAGGGAGCGAGGAUAAGGAGGUGUUGUGCUCGAGCCCAAGGGCCAGUGGUGCUGAUAACCCAAGGACCCCUGGGGGUAGUAGCAGCGGCGAGGGUAAGGGGAUGAGGGAAGGAAGCCAUGGUAAGGAGAGAAGGCGGAGUGUGAGUAAGAGUCCGAAGCAGAAGCACAGCCAGGUGUCAUCAUCCCUUUCAUCCCAGUCCGCCUCCCAGCCAGGCUUACAGCCAGCCAACACCAGCAGCAGCCCUGCUCGUGCCUCCUCCUCCUCCUCCUCCUCCUCCUCCUCCUCCUCCUCCUCCUCCUCCUCCUCCUCCUCCUCCUCCUCCUCCUCCUCCUCCUCCUCCUCCUCCUCCUCCUCCUCCUCCUCCUCUCCCUCUCUGUCUUCACCUGCAUCUGGUGCAGCUCCUCCCUCCCCUGCACACGCUCUCCCUUCUCCCUCCCGCGCCCUCCCUCCGCUCUCCCCCACCCUCCCUCCGCUCUCCCCCACCCUCCCUCCUCUCUCCCCUGCUGCGGAAUCAGGUACAGCGGGGGGGCAGAGGCAGCGCGCGGGGCAGAGGCGGAAAAGGGCCAGUCGGGGAACGGAGAAGCAGCAGGAGGUGGUGGGGAAAGCAGCUCGUGAUAGUGUUGAUAGUGUUGAUGGUCAUGAGGCCAUGCGUGAGGGCGAGCAUUGUGGCGGUGUGGGGAUGGAGUCUCCAUGCUGUGCUCACUGCCACGCGCCCAGGCACACAUGCAUCAGUUCCCAGCUGGAUCGCGGUGGAGUGGGGUACGCAGUGGUGGCAGCAGGCACUGGCGACAUCAUCACCUGCAACAACGCCUUCCUCUCCCUCCUCCGCCUCGCUCCUCCUCCCCCUCGCACCGCCGUCACUGCCACAGUCGUGGGUGCUGAUUCAGCAGAAACAGAAGCAGCAGCGGCAGAUACAGAAACAAACGCAGUUGAAGGUGCAGCAGCAGUGGCUGGAUCAGGGUGUGGUGGCUCGGUGUGUCUGAGUGUGGUGAAUGCCCUGUCGGCAGAGUCCAAGGGGGAACUCAUGGCAUGGCUAGCCACCGCAUGCCACGCACUCUCGCAUCCCCCUCCCAUCACAGUACAGCUACAGGAGAGCCCGUCUGGUGCCAGCACCAGCACCGGCACCAGCACCAGCACGUGUGGCGCCUCCCCUCCUCCGGACUCCUCUUGUAACCCUCCUCUCCAGCAGCAGCAGCCACUGGUAUCAAUGCCUCUAGAGGUUGAUGCACAGGCUUGUCUCUCCUCACCUUUCUUCCCCUGCUUCCCUCUCAUCCUCCCUUCCGUUUUCCCUUCCUCUGAUCCUUCCUUUUCCUACUUCCACUCUAUCCCCUGCCUUCCUCCUUACACCCGUUCCGCCACUCUAUACUGCCCCCCUUCUCCCCUGCCCCUCCUUCCCUGCCUGCUUCCCACUCCACACCAGGCGUUCAACUGUGCCCAGCCAGGCGAGUUCACCCAGGGAGAAUUUGAAGAGCUCAUCUUCCUAUUCUUCCCGGACGCAGUAGCCUGCUUCACAAAGGACAUAGUGCUCACAUGUACAGCUGUCACGUGUCUCACUAUCGCCACCAAGAGCGCUGCUGAUGCCGUGCUGAGAAGAUCCGGCUCCAAGCGGUCAAUUCCUGGAGCCCUGCUGGCAUGCGUGAUUGGGAUAGUGUGGCGGAUAGCCAGGCACUAA